AUGUCUGAUGAUGUUGUUCAUGUGGCUCUGUUGCCAAGCGCCGGAAUGGGUCAUCUCACACCAUUCCUGAGGCUAGCUGCUAUGCUUCUCCAUCACCAUUGCAAAGUCACUCUCAUCACUCCUCACCCCACUGUCUCUCACGCCGAAUCACAACUCUUGUCUCGCUUCCAAUCUUCUUUCCCUCAAGUCAACCAAAUCCAAUUUCAUCUUGAACCACUUUCAUCUUCAACACCCAACAACUCUUCUGCUGACCCUUUUUUCCUCAGAGUCCAUGCCAUUCGUGACUCUGCACACCUUCUCUCCCCCCUCCUUUCUUCGCUUUCACCUCCUCUAUCAUCUUUUGUCUCUGAUGUCUUUUUGAUUUCCUCUCUCCUUCCAAUCACUGAUGCCCUUUCUCUCCCCAACUACCUCUUGUUCACUUCUUCUGCUGCCAUGUUCUCCUUCUUCUCACACUUCCACACUCUUUCUGCUUCCUUACCUGGACUUGAUGUUGUUGACAUUCCAGGGAUUUCACCUAUACCCACAUCAUCUAUCCCUCCCGUGCUUCUCCAACCUGACACCCUCUUUCGAAACUUUUUCAUGGAAGACAGUCCUAAGGUCACAAAGUUCCAUGGGGUUUUAGUCAACACCUUUGUAGCACUUGAACCCCAGUCACUGGAGGCUCUUAAUGCUGGAAAAGUGGUGAGAGGAAUGCCGCCAGUUUAUGCCAUUGGUCCUUUUGUGCCUUGUGAGUUUGAGAAGGUGGGUCAACUGGGUGCACCGUUGAAGUGGCUUGAUGAUCAGCCUAAUGGUUCCGUGGUGUAUGUUGGGUUUGGAAGCAGGACAGCCAUGGGAAGGGACCAAAUAAGAGAGAUUGGAGAUGGGUUGGUGAGGAGUGGAUGUAGGUUUUUGUGGGUGGUGAAGGAUAAGAUUGUUGAUAGGGAAGAAGAAGUGGGGUUGGAUGAGGUAUUGGGGGUUGAGCUUGUGGAGAGGUUGAGGGAGAAGGGUUUGGUGAUGAAAGAAUGGGUGGACCAAAGUGAGAUUCUUGGUCAUAGAGCUGUGGGAGGGUUUGUGAGUCAUUGUGGGUGGAACUCAUUGAUGGAGGCAGCUUGGUAUGGUGUGCCAAUUCUGGCUUGGCCUCAGCAUGGUGAUCAAAAGAUAAAUGCAGAUGUGGUGGAGAUGAAUGGGUUGGGGAUAUGGAACAAGAAUUGGGGUUGGGGUGGAGAACGUGUGGUGAAAGGGGAGGAAAUUGGAGAGGCCAUAAAGGAGAUGAUGAAGAAUGAAUAUCUUAAAGUCAAGGCAGCACAACUUAAAGAGGUAGGAAGGAAGGCCAUGAGUGUUGGUGGGGAUUGUGAGGUUACCCUUCAGAAACUAAUGGAAGAGUUGAAGAAGAAUAUUAACAACGUUUGAGGGUGAAUGAUUUGGAACUUUGGUCAUGUACUUCAUAUCAUUGCAGGUGGGUAAUUAUUUUUCAAUUACUAGGACUCUAGGAAGCACAUGUUUCCUAUAGAAAGUUUCCUUUGUAUUGCAGUUCCUGGGGAUUCCAUUUGCAUAGAUAUGGAAUACUUGGCAUAUC